GAGAGUGAGUAUAUAAAUAGGCUGGCCUGCUCCUAGUCCUAGCUGAAAGCAAGAAGCCAGACGAAUCAAAGCUCCGACGCGCCCCGACAAAUGGCAUCUAAGCUGGUUCUCCUCGUGGCCACGCUAGCGUGCGUGCUCGGCGGCGCCGAGGCGAAGCUCGGCAGGCUGGUCGUCAGCGGCGUCGUGCCGUGCAACACCGGCAGCCUCAUCGACAUCGCCACCUCCCCUGCGUUCCCAAACGCGGAGGUGGAGCUGCGGUGCGCGGGGCAGGUGGUGGCGGGCGCGACGACCAACACCAACGGGUCCUUCACGAUGGAGGCGGACCUGACGAGCGCGCUGGCGGCGUUCAUCGGCCGGUGCUCGCUGGUGGUGGACACGCCGCUCAUCAAGUGCGAUGCCCAGCUGCCGCCGGCGGGGAGGCUCGUGUCCUACCUGCAGGGCCCGCUCACCAGGCUGCUCGGCGGCAUCUUUCACCUCUUCCCCGCCGGCUUCUCGUUCCACAGCCGAUGAAAUUAGCUCCUUGUGUCGUCGGUCCAACGAUUUCAGCAUACUGAGAUCUGGUUAACUACCUCUUGUAUAUCUUUAGUUUGGUUUGAAAUGAAAUGUAUCUCAAGUUGCAGGAGCUGCAAACGCUUGACGCAAGUGUUGUUGUAAGUUGGCUAAGUUGAGCAACUGGAUGGAUAAUCGUAUUUCGCAAAAUCUGGGUGCUAAAGUUCUAGUGAAGAUCAUCUUGAUCAUCUUAGCAAAAUCUGGGUGCUAAAGUUCCAGUGAA